UAUUAGGUGGGUGUGUCCUACUGUUAAUAGUUGAUUUUUAACCCUCAAAAUGGCUGAAAAGGAAAGCUCAGAAGACAGUUAUGAAAAGAUAUUGAGAGAGCCAUAUCAAUACGUUUGUGAAGUCAAAGGAAAAGAAAUAAGAAUUAAAUUAAUACACGCGUUCAAUACUUGGUUGAAAAUUCCUGACGAUAAAAUGAAAGCUAUUCAAGAUAUUACGCAAAUGCUGCACAACUCAAGCUUAAUUAUUGAUGAUAUUGAAGACAACUCUGUACUGAGAAGAGGGAUACCAGUUGCUCAUCGAGUGUUUGGUGUCGCUUCAGCAAUCAAUUCGGCUAAUUAUAUUUAUUUUGUUGCCAUGGAGAGGACACUCCAGCUGGGCCACCCAAAAGCUAUGGAAAUAUUCACUUGUGAGUUAUUAAAGCUACAUAAAGGACAAGGAAAGGACAUUUAUUGGCGGGACAGUUACACCUGCCCAACUGAGGAAGAGUAUAAAGUAAUGGUCAAACAAAAAACUGGUGGGUUGUUCCAACUAGCAGUUGAUCUAAUGCAAUUAUUCAGUGACAAUAAAAGUGAUUUUAACUCUUUAUUGGAUACUCUUGGCCUGUUCUUUCAAAUUAGAGAUGAUUAUGCCAACUUAAUGUCACUAGAAUAUUCUGAAAAUAAGAGUUAUUGCGAAGAUAUUACAGAAGGAAAAUUUUCUUUUCCAAUUAUACACGGGAUUAAAAAUGAUGAGUCAUCAAAACUGCUAAGUAUUUUAAGACAGAGACCUUCAAAUAACGAUAUUAAGAAGUACUUCGUGGAGUGUUUAACAGAAAUUGGUUCUUUGGAGUAUUGUGUUCAAUGCAUGAGGGAAUUAGAAAAAAAAGCUCUUGCUGAAGUGGAAAGUCUUGGAGGUAAUUCUAUUCUUGAGCAGAUAAUAACUAAAUUGUCACUGAUUUAUAAAGAAGAAAAAUAAUUUACAUUUUGUGUUAUUAAAUUCAAAUUAUUAAAUAAUAAUGA